GGCCUGAUUGAGAACAGGAAAUGAACCUCACCCACCAACACUUUGUAUUUGUCACACCCAGAACUUCCUCUUUGAAGGCAGGAAGGUUUCAAAGGCCCCAGGGUUCUUUACCCCGGUUUCUCCCUUAAAGAAAUCUGUUAAAAAUUAUAGUAAAAAACACAUAACAUUAUAUUUACUACCAUUAGCCAUGAACCAGUGUACAUGCAGGGGUAUAUAUAUUCUCAUUGCCGUACAACGCAUCUCUAUAGCACCUGUUCAUUUUGUGACUGAGGAUCUGUACCCACAGCUCUGUGUUUCCUCCCCGUCUGCCCCACUGCCCCCACAGUUCUUUCCGUUUUUGAAAUGUCACUACUUUAGAUACACAUAUAAGAGGAAUCACAGGGUAUUUGUCUUUCUGUGACAUGUUCAUUUCACUUCGCAGAAGGUCCAGAAUUACCUUCUUUUCUAAGAUAGAAUAACAUUCUGUUAUGUAGAUGCCACACGUUCUUUAUCCAUUCCUCUGUGUGUGGACAUGUGGGUGCUUGACUCUGGAGAAGAACACUGCAACGAACGGGGAUGUGCAAGUAUCCUUUGUAACGUUGCUUCCAAUUCUUAUGGAUAUAACAUCGGGAGUGAGAUUGCUCCAUCAUGUGGAGUGCAGGCCCUGGUCUGUCAGCGGGGGACACAUAAGUCUCUGAGGAAUGUAUCGGAACUGCCCCUUGAGUGGACAACUGGCCAGGAGUUAUGUGAGGAUGGUUGGGGUUGCCAAGAUACGCUGAUCCUCAUUGAAAACGGACCCCGAGUGAGCGUGGUGAUCAACAAGGGCUGCACCUCAGUGGCGGAUCAGGAUGUCCUCAUCAGGGAGCAUAGUGCAGGCCCUGGCCUCACUGUCCUCUCUUACACCCAUGUGUGCCGGGAGAAGGACAACUGCAACAGUCUGUCCACCAACCUCCCACUCUGGAACCUACCCUCCACUGCAGAUCAGUGUGCUCGGACUGUUUUGUGGAACCUGUGGCUGAAUCCUCCCCCGCCGCGCCCCCUCCUGUACUCAGGCCCAGGUGACCCCUCCGGGGUUCUUGCCCCACCCCUUGGCCCUUGCUCUCUCCCUUGCCACCUGUCCCUGAUGCCCUGGCGUGCCUGCAAGAGAGGAGCCAAGGAGGGCGCGUUUGUGGGAGACUGGGGAGGUUGCUUCUUGGGACCAGCAAAGUGGCGGGGUGGGGUGGGGGGGCGGUGGAGAGCAGGCCCCCAUCAGAUCCAGAGCCCUUUCCUCGCCUCCCCAGGCCCGGGCUCCCUGAGGUGUCCAGUCUGCUUGUCUACAGAACACUGCGAGUCUGCCACAGAACCCUGCCCAGCUGGGAGCACGCACUGCUACCGUGGGGCAAUCGGGCUCAGGGAAGGAGGGCGCUUCAGCGUUCUGAGAGUCCAAGGAUGCACGUCCCAAGCAGGCUGCAACCUGCUCAACGGGAUUCAGAAACUCGGGCCCAUCCAAAUGAGCGAGGACUGCGGCCCCGGUGGUGAGUAUCAGCUCGCAAGAAGCCCCGCAGGGGUGGGGGACACAGGGAGGAGACGCGAGCGAUCUGAAUGGUUAUUAAGACCAGAUCCCUGGGCCUUUGGCGGCAGAUUACACAGACCCUUACACAGCAACUCCUUCUCCCCAGUUAGUCUGACCUGUCAACAGGGGGUCAUGUUGUACAGCAAUCAAAACCUGUCUCAGACGCCCCUCAGGUGGACCACAGAUCACUACGAGCUUUGUAACGUUGGGGAGGUGUGUCAGGAGACACUUCUGCUCGUCGAUGUAGGUACGUGGGCUGCACUCAGGGUCCCGAGCGUCCCCACCCUGGGUCCUGUCCCCGGAGAAAUGACAGCAGUGAUACCACCUCCCUUGCUGGGGGGUUGUCACGGUCCGUGCGGGGUGGGGGCGCUGGGCAAGAACAGAGCCAGCACAGGAACUGAAGGACGGCAGAGCUGGCCCUGGCCCCCGCCUUCCCCCUGCCCUCGGUGUGCCCCGGGCUCUAGAACUCAGGCACCUGCACUCACCCUCUGCCUGCCUGCUGAGCGUCAGGGAGCCCCCCUGGCUCUGCCUCCUGCCUUUGGUCAUCAGAGCCCCACUCCCCCAGCCCAGCUUUUGCUCUCUCGCCCCUUCCCCCCAGGACACAAAUCAAUCAUAGGAGGAAGCAAAGGCUGCAGCAAGGGCAAGAGGCAGGAUACCUACCUCACCGUACACUCGGGAGCCCCUGGAGUGCUGGUGGCCUCCUGUGCCCAUUUCUGCCCCUUCAACAGGUGCAACAGGGCCAGCAAUACCAGCGUCCUGCUGAACUCUCUCCCUCGUCCGGCUGCCCCUGCCCUGGGAAAUUUGCAGUGUCCCGUCUGUGUGAACAUCUUUGGAUCCUGCCCAGAAAACCCCCAAAAUGUUAUGUGUCCCAGUGGCACCACUCAGUGUUACAGUGGUUACAUUCAGAUCCAGGAGGGUGGGAUACAGUCUGAAUUGAACGUUCAGGGCUGCGUGACCCAAGCUUCCAGCUCCUUGUUGAACCAUGUCCGGAAAAUUGGGGUCUUCUCUGUGACUGAGAACCCUGAGGAAAAGCUGGAUGUUAUUCUCCAAGCUGGAGCAGCCCCCGUGCCCUUACUGGCUUGGGUGGUGGGGCUUGGACUAUCCCUAGCCCUCUGGUGUGGGAUGCCUCUCUGCUGACCCCAUUCCCCUAUGAUUCUUAACUCCUUGCUGACCCCCUAAACCAACCUUCCUUCUGACCUCAUAACCAAACAGCCUUGGACACUGAAUUAUUUCCUUGUCCUCUCCGUGAAUCAUCAUCCCUCAGCACACCCACAUACCUCAUGGCCUGAUAACAACAUAUAGAAGCAGC